CACUCGUGAAAUAUUAAUUACAGUUUCUCUGAAAUGUCUUUCUGAAAAAGAAAGGUGCGCAGAUAUACCAGAAUUCCUGGUGUUUGGAGGAAAACAAAAUUAGACUUCACGGAAGACUUCACGAAGCAAGGAGUUUAGUUACAUCUCAAGUCCACUUUCUCAAAAAUCGGUUUUUAUCGGCUUUGAACAUCAAGGCCUUGCCUUCUUACCUCCAUUACAGACGAGAUACUGUUAUCUCUGUGAAGUGUUUUGAGCAAAAUCUGUGUGGCGGCCACAGAGCAAGAGGACAGGAUGCCCCGGAGAAGCAGCCGCUGAACCACUAAACAAAAGCUCAGUCCCGCCGCCAAAACACAUACAUUGUACCGCUCACCUGGCAGGUAAUGUGUCAAAGUUCGCCGACUCACCUGAGGCAGCCUCGUCACAAGGACGUCUGCACUCACUUCCCACGGUGACCAGCAUCAGCCAGGUGCGAACAGAUCAUCGCUGGUGUAGAUUUAUGACACUCAGACCCUCGACCUGUCGAGUUUCCGGAUGUUGGGGGCCGGCACAACCGCGCACCUUGCAGGUGAGGGAACAGGUAGACAGUCGCUCGUACAGGGACUCACUGCACACGUCCAGCAGGCGCGAUCCCUCGUGUACUGGGUGGCAUGUGUACACGGGGUACAGUACAGCCUCGACACGUUGCCGCAAAAAAAAAGGUAGAUCAUCCAUGGCACACGUUGGCAGGUGUUUGAUGUCGUCUGUCACAGAUUCGACAGGAAACUUCAGCGACACCAGCGUCUGUCUCGUGGUCAUGUCCGCCACCAGCAGCACCGGAGUCUGUCCUCCCGCCGACACAACUGGAAAAUCUUAGGGAGCUUGUUGCUGUGGAAGCCAUUGACCACUCAACGACCUCUCGUCUUUGACCUUACUCGAAAGACGCCGCAAAGGGUUGUAGGGUCAUUCUUCUGAACUCUCAGAGGUCAGCAUUGAGGUCCAGCAAAAUGGCUCCCACCUACGACAAUCUCUUCGCCAACGCCACCACUGACCAUACAACCGCCAGCAGCUUCUUCGCCAAUGAAAGCUCAGCCCAGACAACAUCCACCAUACUCGCCGUCAACACCACCAUCGCCCAGACCAUCACCAGCACCACCGCCUCCGGAAACAGCAGCAUCGAUGCUGCCACCAAGGUGAUUAACUCCUUCAUGCCUUUGGUGCUGAUCGUGUUCGGCAGCGUCUUCAACGCUUUCAUCAUUCUGGGCAUGCGCACCAAGGAGUUCCGGGACCUGUCCACCUCGAUGUACAUGACGGCGGGGGCCGUGAACGACCUGCUGGGGCUGCUCAUCGCCCUCACAGCCCACUGGCUGUAUGUGAACUUUCCGGAGACCAUCGUGCGGGGAGGAAGGGCCGACAUCUUGUGUCGCUUCUUCAACUUCUACGGUUGGGGCCAGGCUGACGUCGGCAUCGUCAUCAUCACGGCGAUGACGGCGGACCGCGCCUACGGCAUCCUGCGGCCCAUGAGCAUCAGUAACCCCGUGUGGAGAGCGAAAGUCACCAUCGCCGUCGUCAUCGGCGUCUGCGUCGUCAAGGAUUUUCACUUUUGGUUCCAGUCGGACCUCGUCGACCUCGGUAGAAACGAGCGAAUGUGUGACGUGUUUCCACAGACCGUGAGUUACAGAGUGUUCUACGAGGAGGUCUGGCCGUGGAUUCACGCUUCCUUUCUGGCCGUCUGCUUCGUCAUCAUGCUGACCAGCAACUCCAUCAUCAUCCACCAGGUGCGCACGCGAGCCGGCACGCGCUCGGGCUCCAUCAAGAAAGUCAGCGUCCGGAAGGAGGGCAGCGGGCAACGGGGCAACAACGUCCCCGACCCGCGCGACUCCAACACUAUGACCAUCCACACCCGCAACUACGACCACUACGCUCGUCACGUGACUUCCAUGCUGCUGGCCGAGUCCUUCACCCUCAUCCUCCUGACCUUCCCCUUCUCCGUGCAGCUGGUCGUGUCCUCCCAACUGAACCUGGACACCGUGGAAAAGCAGCGGACCAACGCCUUCGUCUUUCCCUAGUCUUCUACCUCAUCUACGCCAACAAGUGUGUGACGUUCGUGGUGUACUGCCUGGCCGGAAGUCGCUUCCGCCGCGCCAUCGUGACGCAGGUGCUGUGCUGCUGCCGGACGCCCACCCGCACGUUGCAGUCGAGGUCACUGAGCCAGAACAGCUGGGGGGUCUGUCAGGUCAGCGCGACCAGCAGGAGACUGUCAUCACAGAGACACAUUAGAAACCGAGACACGUCCUCUGGGAUGAGAGGUGUCAGCAAUAUAAGGGUCACGUGACACAUUCAUCAGGUCAAUCAGGAGCUGACAUUAUGAUAAAGCAAUGGAGGCGUUAACUGUGUCCAACACUGAAGUGCGGUCAUUAUGAGGGUUCAUGGCUGCUGAACAAUAUAAUAUUUUAUGGUGGAAAUGAGAGAACCCUACUCAGUAUUUUUACACUACAUGUGUGAACUGUGGGAUCUACGUCAAGGCUUCCUUAGGGAGCUUGGUGUUCUUUGGGGCGUGGAGACAAACUACAGUAUUACUUAUCACACGACAUAGGGUUUGGUGAAGCCCUUGUGGAGGUCCACGCUCGACUUUAUUCGGUAUACAGUGACCUCUUGUCAUCUGAUGAUCUCUGGCACUCGGUGGGAUCAUUGCUUUUUUAUAAGGUGCUGCACUUUUGUAAGUACUCGCGUGUUAUCGUUUUGUGGUCUGAUUAGAGGAUCACCCCUUCCUCACCCCUGUUAGUCACCGACGUCACCCAGAUAUUUAGCUAUAAUUAGCAACACGGGAAUUGUUCAAAAUCUGUUCAAGACCGCGGACUUGUAAGUUAUGGCCCUCGGAUGUGAUGGUAUUGUCCUUAACAUCCAUCGGGAGCAUGUCUCGUGACAGUGAUCGUUCACACUGGAGUUGUCUUUCGUGAAGAUCACAUUACCGGCAGACGUCACCACAGGUCAUUGUUUCACGCCGUGCCAACAACUACAGCUAAAACAUCAGACCAUCACGAAACACACGAGACAGUUUAUGAAUUGCCACCCGGGGUACAACUCCCACAAAACACGAGAGUUAGUCCUGCACGGUGAUGCCGGGUAGUACAACAACCGCCGUGACUCCCACGUGACGCAGUCAGAGCCAUCACGAGGUGGUAUAGGCCACUUCCAGAACUACUCCGGGUGUAAUAAAAUAUUGCUGGAAGCACUCGGGGUGUUACGAGACAUUGCCGUAACUGUUCUAGUCUUGUUUUAAGUAUUAUGGACAUGGUCAUGUUUUUUAGUCAACCCCUGCAUCAGUCUGUCUCUCUAUUCCAGUGUCGGACAUUAGCACCGCUUUGACCUGAUGAAUGGAAAACAAACUCCUUAUUCCCGGCUUUCCUACAAUAACACUGCAACUACUCCCGCACCUCCAACCUGUCCUGCCCCAACAUCAAAGGUGCAACUGUCACUUUUCAGAAUAUCAUUUCCAGUUUAUUCAUCUUGGCGUUUCCUUCGCAUUUCUGUCGUUCUGGUCUCGUGGACGGAACAUAAUCGUUGAACCCGGAAGCUCGUGACUGGGAAACUAAUGGCGACAGGAGUGACAAGUAGUGACACGAUGGUGACACAGGUGAGGACAGGAAGACGUGUGAGCACAGAUCAGGGAGCGUGACUGGGGACGAGGACUGGGGACAGGUAGCACGAGACCAGGUGUUCGCCAGGUCUGGUUGAUUGAGUCUGUGCUUCAUUAGGCGCUCAUUAGAUAUCACGUGACCUGCAGGGAGAAUCGUGCCAACCAGCCAACCGUGAAGUUCAAAUGCUCUCCCCUCUCCUAACAACCUGUUGAAGUUGAGAACAAACUUGAGCUGAUCAUAGCUCUGUAGGCUCCAGUCUCAAGAUUUCUGAUGAUGAAGGAGACAAGGACGAGGGGAAGGGAAGGCGUUGGAGGAGAAAUGUCUCAAAGGUAGCCCUAUGUUACAAAUAUUGUGUGUGAGUAAAUGAGUCAGUGUGUGUGUGGUGUGUGUGUGUGUGUUAUUCAACUGAGCUGUAAUUUAAAUUUUUAAAUUAAAACAAAAUGCCAAAGAUUAAAAAACCCUUGUUGUGAUCAAAUUAUGUAUCUUACAGUGACAUGACUCAUCUUUAGUUAGCAUGAGCAGAAUAAAUAAAUAAUAUCCAGUCAUUUACAAUUUUAGCAACGACUAAAACAACGACUUUACUGACGACGAAAAUAAAUACUAAGAAAAGAAAGAUAACAAAAGAGGAAGAAAGAUACGAACGAAAGAAAGGAAAGAAUGGAGCAGGCCAGGGUCUGACUGAGCUCGCCAGUCACAUAUCGAUGAUGAUGGUGAUAAAUAAUGACAAACAGCUCUCGCAGUCUGUGUGAUAUUGUCCGAGACUAUAACAACAUCUGCCGCACGUCAGCAGCCGCUCCACACAAUGACAAAGAUAAGGUGAGCGGGGGUGUGGGAGCAAUAACAGUGACAGCAAUACUAAUAACAGUAUUUAUGACGAUGACCCUUAAAAAGAAGACAAUAGUGGAAUGUUUUACAGUUUUCUUCUUCGGUUCUCAAAAAUAGCUUUACAUGCACACACAGCAUGUUUUUACUGGAAGUUUUAAACAAACUCGCAACGCACACACUUAACGAAUCCAGAGAAUUCAAUGGGAAAGUAAGUAAGAGACUAGAGAGACGAGAGAAGAGAAGAACAUCUCCUAGUUCCAUAAAGAUGUUUCGCUGUUUUACACAGUC